CGUUUGACAAGUCGUCGAAAAACAUCGAACUAUUUUUCUUGUUCGUAAAUGGAUUAGAAAUAUUCAAGUUAUUGUGGUAUUUGAAUUAAAUCUAGAUUCAGUGUUGUGCUGCAUCUAGCUUGUGUAAUCAUGAGUGAAUUGAGACAGCGUCGCGGGGAAGGAGACGGGAAUGACAAAGUGGAAACCGCUGGAGAAUCCGAUCAUGUCGAUUCGGAGGAAGAGAAGGUGUUAGAGGAGAAGUAUGUUGAUGAAAUGGCGAAGAAUCUUCCCCAGGGUACGGAUAAAACACCGGAGAUUCUCGAUCAAGCGCUUUCGGGACUGUCUUCAAGAUGGCGAAACUGGGUGAUCCGUGGCAUCUUCACCUGGCUUAUGAUUGGGGCCUUCUGUCUCCUCAUCUAUGGAGGUCCCCUGGCCCUCAUGAUAACGGUACUAUGCGUGCAAGUGAAAUGCUUCGAAGAGAUCAUCAACAUUGGCUACGCGGUGUACCGAGUCCAUGGCCUGCCGUGGUUCCGGUCGCUCUCCUGGUACUUCCUAUUGACUUCCAACUACUUCUUCUACGGAGAGAACCUGAUUGAUUACUUCGGAGUUGUCAUCAAUAGAACGGAUUACCUUCGCUUCCUGGUGACCUAUCACCGGUUCAUCUCGUUCAGCUUGUACUGUGUGGGCUUCGUGUGGUUCGUGCUCUCGCUGGUGAAGCGCUACUACAUGCGUCAGUUCAGCCUCUUCGCCUGGACUCACGUGGCGCUGCUCAUUGUCGUCACACAGAGCUACCUCAUCAUCCAGAACAUAUUUGAAGGUCUAAUCUGGUUCAUAGUGCCGGUAUCGAUGAUCAUCUGCAACGAUGUUAUGGCGUAUGUGUUUGGCUUCUUCUUCGGCAAGACUCCGCUCAUCAAGCUCAGUCCCAAGAAGACCUGGGAGGGAUUCAUUGGAGGUGGAUUCUCUACUGUGGUGUUUGGAUUGGUUAUCUCAUACAUGAUGUCUCAAUACCCGUACCUGGUGUGUCCGAUCGAAUACUCGGAGUCUCUGGGUCGCAUGACGAUGGACUGCGAGCCCUCGCUGCUUUUCCGGCUGCAGGAGUACACGCUGCCGCAAUUCAUGUUACCUGUCACUAAAGUUUUCGGCAUGGAGAAGAUCAACAUCUACCCGUUCAUGAUCCACUCGCUCGCUCUCAGCAUCUUCAGCUCCGUCAUCGGCCCCUUCGGAGGAUUCUUUGCAUCGGGAUUCAAGCGCGCUUUCAAGAUUAAGGACUUCGGCGACGUGAUCCCCGGGCACGGCGGUAUCAUGGACCGCUUCGACUGCCAGUUCCUGAUGGCCACUUUCGUCAACGUGUACAUCACCAGCUUCAUCCGCACCGCCACGCCGCAGAAGCUGCUGCAGCAGGUAGUGUACAAUUUGAAACCGGAACAACAGUUGCAACUGUUUUACGCUCUGAAGGAGUCACUCGAAAACCGGAAUAUCCUCAACUUAGUGCCGUAAGCCCGUCUAGGGUAGGCAAGAGAAGGGUCAAGGUAACAAGAUGGUUUGAGGGCAGAAAACACGUCUUUGUAUUGUAUUGGUAGACCGCUGCGAUUCAUCUAUUUAUUAUCAUUAAUACAUUAGGUCAAGGGUAUUCAAGUGAGUUAUUUCAAAACGGGUCUCUGGACCCAAAUUUCUUGGUCUAUGUCAAAUUAGGAUAUUCUCCUCUCGGUACACACUUAAUUGGUGGGAUCUUCGAACAGGGGGCUUAAAAUGGCCACAUCGAAGCAAUUCUUCUAAGAAAGCAAUAUUGCUAUUUGACAUUUGCGCAUAUAAAAGUAAGUGCGCAUAUAAACUGUCAAAUAGCAAUAUUGCUUUCUUAGAUGAAUGGCUUCGAAGUGGCCAUUUUAACACCCCUGGGAAGAUCAAUAUCAUUAAUGUAAAUGCAAAAGUAUUGUAGAAUCUUUUGUCUUUUUCCAAAUCUAUAAUAAAAUUCUUACGCAAGUUGACACAGUCAUGAGCAAUAUAAUAUACCCACUUUAGGUCUCUGUCACACUAACAUAUUUGACAUUCAGUGAAACUUACAGUUCAAUUUGUCAAAAAAGUUAAUGUGACAUGGUACCAAAGCGUAUACAUAUUAAUGCUCGUGACCGUACAUAAAAUUAUACAAAAGAUUUUAGGACAUUUUUGCGUUUAAGGUAAGGGAAGUCAGUUUUACGGUGUUCGAAGAACUACCAAUGUAUACCUACACUUAUUUGACUGAUUCUUUCUCUGAUUGACACCAAAUUUACUGACUAUUACUAGAAACUUCUAUUUCGUCGUGCGCGAACAGGUCUAUGGUGUGAAACUCAUAUGUAACUCACCAAAUUUUACACCAUCAUAGUAUACAAAUAAAGAAUAUUAACGAAUUUGCUAAGUUUUGACGAGAUAAUGAAAAAUUACUCGUAGUUUUAAUCGUAGAAUCAAAGCGUUUUAGUAUCAAAAUAUAAAGGCGUGUUUAAGUAGACAUAUCCCGCGGUGUACCUCUGAUAGGGAAGCAUAUUAUUCUAGUCUCAAAAAUUGUUGAUUCUUUUGCCUAAAAAAAUCACGAUAUAAUUCCAAAAUUUCAUAUUUCCAUAGCUAAAUAUAAACAGUACCAAAGAUACAUCAAUGCAAUCGAAUCAUACAAUUUAUAAAGGAAUAUUGGGGUAUCCCAAUAAAUUUAAAAGAUAAAAAUAUAGUAAUUAUAAAUUACAUAGAUUUUAAUAGUGAAUUUUACUAAUAUUUGGAUGUUAGGCGCUUUACAGACUACUUUGAACGGUCUUUAUGUAUACACAGGCUGUGAACAUUCUGUGCUGGGUACAGGCCUCCCCUCGUUAAUCUGAGGGAAAACACUGUUUAAGGUAGUAUGUAGAGUAUUUUUGUGGUGGAAUUUAGUUCUUAAGAACCGUAAAUAAGUGUUUCGUCGCUUUCCAACAUUUAGAUGUAAAUUUUGUGGUAUUUAUAUCUACUAUUCUAUAUAACUUCCUAAUUUUGCCAAUAAUUGUGCAAUCAAAAUUAGAUUUUGCAUAAAAUCGAUCGAUUAUAAGACCUUAUAAAUUUACUUGUCAUAAUAAAAAAAUAAUUUUAAAUAAAUGCGAUCCCUACCUUCGCCACUCGAAUUGCGUAGAUUAAGUAUAGAUACAUAAUAUACUGUAUGGUGAUCUUUUUAAAUUUCUAGUUACAUUUAAAUUACUCAUUUCUCGCCUUUAAAAGUUUAAACCUUUUACAGACGGUGUAAAUUAUAAAAACAUUUUUCUGUUAAGAAUCACAUGAGUGCAAGAGAGAAUGCACGAUCAUUCUUUCUCGCUCUGUAACAUGGGUUAUACUGAGAUAAAAGUAUUAUGUCUUCAUCGUUUGUGACUGGUAAGGUCUACUUCAUGGCUAUUCUGUCAAGUCUAGCCAAGAACUAGGUGUAAAGGUUUUGUCUAACAUUAUUUUAGACGUUGAUUUUGAUAGAUAAAUUAUUAAUGAUGCGACUAAAGUAUAUUAUGGCCCGCUUUAUAGGUUAAAAUAACGCCACUAUAUAAAAUAGAUACUGAAGGUUUGAAGGUUCAGAAUUCAUAUAUAGGUCUAGACAAAAUGCAAAGCUAAGUGAAUAAAUGACAUUAAGUGUCAGGGUUAUUAUUGAGCCGCAAAAGGCUAACAUGGCUCAUGUAACGACUACUCACAUCAGUAAGUAGUAACCCGGACCUGCUUAACGUGCAUUCCGAGGCACGGAUCAUCUUACAUUCGGACAAUUAGGUGAUCAGCCUGUAAUGUCCUAACUAAAAUAAUCCUAAUCACAUGGUUUUCUGUGAUAUCAAUUAUCUCUGACCAUGAAUUCAAACUCAAAGUUGAUUUUGGGUCAAACCAAAUUUGUCAGCGCCUCAUCCAACUUUCCUAUAAUUCUAUCUUAUCUGCUGCGCUACAGCACGCGGCAGAAUCGACGAAGCGAUAGCGUGCGGUCGCUGUCUCUCGCUCUAACAAAUGACGGUUCUGCAUAACAGAAAGAGAGAAGUAUACGAAAGUACGAUGAGGUGCCAAAUGUGGUACGGUCACGAGCAUUAAUAUGUAUACACUUUGGUACCAUGUCACAUUAACUUUUUUGACAAAUUGAACUGUAAGUCUAACUAAAUGUCAAAUAUGUUAGUGCGACAGAGUCCUAAAGUGGGUACAUUAUAUUGCUUAUGACUGUACAACCCUUAUACACCUAUAAUGGCGUUAUUUAUUUACAUUGUCCAAAACUACCACCAAUACAGCCCGGUGUUUCAUAAAACAGGGAUGACUAUGCAUUUGUUUCGAUGCUUUAGACUGAAUAACGGAUGACUGCUUAUGUGCUAAAGUUUUUGAACAUUUACUCUAUUUUAUUUGACUCAUGUACCUUGGGGUAAUGGAAAACAGCUCAUUUUUACUUUACGGAUCGCGGUGCGAAAAUCUAUAUUGUUUUUCGAUUUUUUUGUAUAUUUAUUCGUGAUUAAUACAACAAUAUCGUGACAGUGUUUCUAAUUUAUUUAUUGUCUCUUGGCAAUCAUCGCAUUUCCGAUUACACGAAUGCUAAUUUCCAUGUUUAUCAAUUAUACGAUUUAUCGACUAAAAGAAUUUGAAUUCAGAAGUCAUUUUUUGUUUUGAUUUCCGUGUGACAUAAUAAAAAUAAAAAAUACAGUUUUUUACAAUAACAAAACUGCACCUCCAAGUAAGCAAUUUGAUAUGCUCGUGUUGGAAGUGACCUCGCUGCUUCCGAAGGUUACAAAUUAAAAAUUAAUUAAAAUGAGAAUAAUGUUUUGAAUUCAAAUUCUCGAUUCUCUCAAAUUCAAUUACGCGAUAAUUGAAAAAUAUGGAAAUGAGCAUUCGUUUGUUUUCAGAAAUGAGACGGUUGGCGUAGAUAUUUUUACAUGAUUUCGUUCUAAAACGCUUAAAAAAAGCGUUCUUAUAAAUUGUAGGGAGUAGUGGAAAGAGUAAACAGUUCGCGAUACCAUAUUAGUUUUAAAUAGAGCAUUAUUUUCCAAAUUAAAUAAACGGGUAGAAAGUUUGCGUAUAGAUUUAGAGGAAAGUCGUGUGGUUGUGUUAUAGCAAGGGUUGAAGUCUAGACUUCUAGAGCUUAUUUCAUAAAGCUGUGAGUUGCAAUUUGAAAGGCAAUAUUUGUAAAAUUUUAGCUUCACUCUGACUGGGAAACUCGAGUUUAUAUUAUUUUAGUUUGACGCAUCUAAAACUUGUCAUAAAUCGUCUUGUUAAAGUCGUAUUUGGUUUACAUAGACCGAUACAUAAAUUUAUCAGCAUUGAGAGUGAUAUACGGAACAGUAUAAAAUGCCUUAAAAUUAAAAAUUAAAAACAGUACAAAGUACAUACUUGACGUUGAGUGGUAAAAUCCAAUUUACUUCUUGUUGCUUAAUAUUUUAUUCGAGUUUAAAUUAUAAUGCUGAAAGAUUUAUGAAAUAAGCCUUUAUAACGUGUUUAUAAAAAAAUAUACAAGGUGUGAGUGACACCGUAACGAUUACUGAGGGGGAUGAUUCAGAACAUGAUUCUGAGUUAAUAUAGUUAUUAUAGUAUUUUGGAUUAUACAAGUAUAUCGGAGUUGUUACGCCUCUGGCUUAAUUUUUUUUUUUUUUACUACGAAGUGUCACCUGGCAACACUAAUUUUGACAGCGCAUAUAAAUCAAGUCACGAUUGUCAACAAUUCUUUUAUUUGUAAACAUUAAACUUAGAAAUACAUAAUAUCAAGACCCAAAAGAACAUUAUUUUAAAACCUUUAUGUCCCCUAAGCGACAG